AUGGCUCUCUCAACAUCACACCCUUGCGGCCCCUUAGUCUUCCAUCCAAGCAGCCGACGCAGACACCGCCGCGACUACCCCUCGGACUCGGACACAGACUCGACGUACUCCUCCUCCUCCAGCGACGAUAGCGCAAACCACAUCUCCUACCCCCACCGCCACCGCCGCAGGAGGUGGCACUGGCCGCGCAGCGUGCUCGGUUAUCCAUCCUGGGGAGGAGGCCUGAUAGCAGGUCCAGCGGCUCCGGGGCUCGUCCCCGCGGCGACGGUGAUCCCGCAGCAGCUGCAGCCGCAGACACAGCCGCAGCCCCGCCGCUAUGGGUACCGCCGGUUCCACUAUCAGGGCGGCGAGCGUGCGCGCAGGGAGUGUGGGCGUGGCCAGGGCCAGGGCCAAGGCCAUCAUCACCACCACCAGCACCACCACCGGCGCGUUCGUUCACCGCGGCGAUGUAUCCUCCCGCGCUUCGGGCGGUGGCUGAUCGGGGACCCGCCCGAGCCGCGGCGGUGGUGUGACCACCACGGCGGCGGCUGCUGCGACGAGGGGUGUGGCGCUGAGGUGACGCCGACGAUGCAUCACGAGGACGAGUACUGGGGGCCCGGGGACCACCCUUCCGAGCCAUGGCAAGCCCACGCUGACGAGCUUGAAACCACCGCACAGCGCAACGGCACCAUCCCCAGCUGGGCUUACGGCCCAGACGGCACCCGCCACUCGCCGUGGCGCUACGGCGGGCCCACCAACACCACCAACGGCGGAAACCCAGAACUCGGCCCGGGCGGGACCAUCGAGGAGGUAGAAGAAGGCGGGACAGCCCCGGCCCUACCCAACACGACUACCACCGCGGCAGCAGUUCCUGUGCCCGUCCCCGUCGCCGCCACCGCGGCAGGCAUGCUGCCCGCGAGCCCCUACGACGCGCCGCACACGCACUUCCACCUCGACAACGACAACGACGGCGACGGCAGGGGGAGGAGCAGUAGAAGAAGACGAUACGGGCACAGGCACAGCCGGCACGACGGCGUCCUGGGGCUCGUCGAGCUGGAGCGGCGCCGCGACAGCGAGCGGCAAAUGGCGGACGUGGACGCGAGCCACCGGCGUGAGGCGGCGCUGAUGGGGCUGGUGGACCGGGAGCGGGAGCGGGACCGCGGGGGCGGCCACCGCGCGGGGCUGGACAUCCUGGGCUUGCUGGAGGGGGAGCUGGAGAGGCGGCUGCGGGAGGAGUGGCGGGAUGAUGUGGCUAGGCGGGAUACUGGUGGAUGGGAGGGCGCUUUUGAUGCGCUGAGCAGGCGGGUGGAUCAGAUGGUGCUUUUAGGUCGGGAGGGGGGCUCGUCUGAGACUGGCAGGGAGAGGGGGAGGGGGGAGGAGAGAAGAAAGAAGAACAGCAUUGGUGCUUCUUCUUCGGCGGGAAAGAGGGCGCCGGUGGUCAAGUUCACCAAGGACAGCAACAGCGAUGGCCCGGUCGACAGCAGCAACAAUGCCAGCACCGGCCCUCGGUCGCCCAAGGGCGUGGCUGCGGGCGGGAACAUUAUUUUCAGCCGCGAGGGAGGGAGUGCGGACGGGGAUGAGGAUGCUGAUAGCGAUGGGACAAGCGGGGAUUCAUCAGCGGCCGGUGGGCGAGGCGUGAGACGAAGAGGCCGUGCUCGAGGAGGGAAGGGUCACCAUCGACUUCUGUAG